AUGAGCCGGCCAGUCAACCAAACCACAUCUUCUGGAAGUGCGUCGCCGGCUCCAAAACGCAGACAGCGCAAGAGUCGGGCGCGAGGGUUGCGCACAAAGACGGGAUGCAUAACAUGCCGCAAGAGACACAUGAAAUGCUCUGAAGAACGGCCCAAGUGUGCACAAUGCCAAAAGAGCGAUAGGGAAUGCAUUUUCGAGGAUCAUGGCAUCACUACGAUAACGAUCCCAAUCCCCGAGCCUGUAAGCACAGGAGGGGAAAGACGUCCGAACCCACCUUCUUUUACACCAGUGUCGCCAAUUGCGACUCCAAUAGUGCUACCGACGAGGGCUCCGCAUCCUCAGGCGCCGUCUGAACCUCCAGUAGGAUCUCGUCCGGAAGACGAUCCGCGGUAUCAAUUUACUCCUCCUCCACCUGAAGCAGCAGCUGAAAUCAGGAAACACCGCCAGUCGGAAAGCAUACAUAAACCCCUGACUCCAAACUUAGCAAAUUUAACAGUCGACAACUUGUUCGCGGACGUUGUUCCCUCUGUUAGCAUACCAUCCUUGGAUCCACCUAAUGCUGGAUUAUCACCAGCAAACACGGAUACUACUCAUGCAUCAUCAAAUUUAAUUAGUACUGAGCUGGCCUCGAUAAGAUGGUUGGGGCUUUUGGCAGCAGAUGCGGCGCAAUCUGAACCAAAUUUCUCGUUAUCGCCUUUCAUAACUUCUGAGGACGGCAUCUCAGGCCGCUUAGCACUACAACAGCAAGCCUCUGCGAAUCGGCAUAGCUAUCAAAGCGGGUUGGAAGGUCCUGGUGGUACUGGCUAUAGGGACCUUGACCAACUAUUGUACGCGGUCGACGUCCAGGCGAAUCCUUCUAAUGAGCGGAAGCUGUGGCAGUCACAGGAGAGAAUAAAGCUGACAGAACAAGAAAUUCCAGUCUUCCGGAAUUUCGUCGAAAAUGUGAGCUCGUGGAUUGACCUCCUUGAUCCAUUGAAACAUUUUGGAACUUUGAUACCACGACUCGCACUUCACAACGUUGGCCUUAUGAAAGCCAUACUUGCACUCUCUCACCGCCACCUCUCCUUGAACCCAGAAAAUAUGACAGAUAGGAACACCGCCGUUCAGUAUUACUUCGAAACCCUUCACUACCUCCAAACUGCACUACAGUUUGAGUCUUACAGUCGUUCACAGGAAUUGUUAGCCAGUGUUCUGAUUAUCUCAACAUAUGAGAUGUUAGACGGGUCGAACUCAGGAUGGGAACGACACCUUAAAGGUGUAUUCUGGAUUCAAAGAUCCCAAAAUAUUCACGGCGACUCUGGGGGAACUAAACAAGCUGUCUGGUGGGCAUGGUUACGACAAGAUGUGUGGGCAAGUUUCCGUGAGCGGCGGCGACCACUAUCCUUCUGGAAACCUUUGAGGUCCCACGAAGUCUUGAAUCAGGAUGAAUUGGCAAGCCGGAGUGUCUACUUGCUGGCACAAGCGGUAAACUACUGCUCUGAUGAAGAAAUCGAGGCUGGAAAAAUGAAUGUACAGGGACGAGUAGAACGUGGGGAGCGCUUGUUGGAAAUGCUAGAAGACUGGACCCGUCAUCUCGGGGACGAGUUUACUCCCUUGCCAGCGAUCCAAGAUCCAGCAGAUAUAAUUCUCCACGAUAUCGAACCUUUGUGGUACCAUCCUCCUCAAUACGGGAUUGCGGUUCAAACCCAUGCUUUUGCCAAGAUAUUAGUCUUGUUACAUCGGCCGAGUAUUGGAGGCUACAAGGAGUUUGCGGUUUGUCAAAAGCUACUUGCAGACUGUGUUAAUAUCAUCAUAGGGAUCGCGGCUACGAUACCCUAUGAAGCUGCUUAUUGUCUAAUGAGUGAAAUGUGCUUGUUUGGCGCGGGGUUAUGCGUUUCGCACGACGAGAGGAAGAAGGAAAUUGUGAUGGAACUAAUACGUCGAUGCCAAAGAAGAACAAAUUGGCCAGCCGUUAGCUUAGCAGACGAGUUGCAAAGAGAGUGGGAAAAAUGA